CCUCAAGGUGUCCUACAAAAUUCUGCUAGAACGACGUAGGUCAAUAUCUAUUUUAUUGUCGUGUUUAUUUGGCCCUUUUUUACCGUGAUCUUCAAUUUUAACUAGGUAAAACGCAUUUUAAUCUGUGUCAAACCGUUUAAUGCAGCACGACAGUUUUGUUUUCUAAGCACAUGAAAAUUCUGAUAACCCGAAGGUUUCCUUGAUUUUGAUCUACUCAGCACCCUCACCCUUCUACCAUGAUGGCUGCCACAGUGGGAAGGAUUUGUAGAACGGGUCUUUUAAAACAUAAACCAUCUCACCUACCAAUUCAGAUUUCUUCAUUUUCCACUGCUAGAGGAUGGUCCAGAGGACGCAAAGCUUUCUACGCAACGUGUGGGGUGGUGGCAGGAGGUGCUGGGGCUCUACUGUUUGCGCUCGACCAAUCUGUCAAGGCCACAGACCUGGAGCUCCAUCCUCCAAAGAACCCUUGGAAUCACAAGGGCUACUUUGACUCGUUAGAUCAUGCGAGUAUCCGGCGAGGAUAUGAGGUGUACAAACAGGUCUGCGCCGCUUGCCACAGUCUGAGGUACAUUGCAUACCGAAAUCUCAUCGGUGUGUCACACACGGAGGAGGAGGCCAAGGCGGAAGCAGAAGACCAAUUGAUUCUGGAUGGUCCCGAUGAUACUGGCAACAUGUUCAAGCGGCCAGGCAAGUUGUCGGACUACUUCCCCAGUCCCUACCCCAACGAAGAGGCAGCUAGGGCUGCCAACAACGGAGCCUAUCCCCCUGACCUCAGCUACAUCACUUCAGCGCGACACGGUGGUGAGGACUAUAUAUUUGCCCUGUUGACGGGAUACUGCGAUCCACCAGCUGGUAUUGUACUGAGGGAGGGACAAUACUACAACCCUUACUUCCCUGGCGGUGCUAUCGGUAUGGCCCAGGCUCUUUACAAUGAGAUUAUAGAAUACUCAGAUGGGACUCCAGCUACUCAGAGUCAGCUGGCCAAGGAUGUGAGUACGUUCCUCAAAUGGACUGCUGAGCCGGAACACGAUACUAGGAAAAAGAUGUUUAUCAAGGUUUUGUUGAUUGGUGGUAUCCUGAUCGCCAUGACAACAUACUGGAAGAGGCAUAAAUGGAUUACAAUUAAGACAAGGAAAGUUUUCUACAAGCCUCCCACGGAGAAGUAGAGCGACACGCUGUAGUUCAGUUAACGUUAAAACUGUCCUAGUUUAUUACAAAAUAAAGGAAAAUGCGAUAUUAGUUGCUACUCAAAACUUACCAAUGAUUGUAUUUACAGUUGUAAAUAAAACCUUUAUGCCGGAACAUUGUGGAGUGAUUCUACUGCCAUUACCUGUAAAACACACUACCGUUUGCUUUUAUUUAUUCUUGCACUUCAUCUUAUUGGCUGAUACUCAAAAAGCAUUUGUGACAUUUGAGCUGUAUGUGUAAUAAUGUAAUGUUUACAAUAGACUUAAUUAAUAUUUUAUAUAGGUUUCUGUUGUAUUAUCAAUUUUAUGAUACAUACACGAUUGUACAGUUAAAAAUAUUGUUAUAAAUAUGUACCUUUCUGUUGUUUUCGGUUGUUCUGAUAAUUGUGAAUUUGUUAAUGUUAAUAAAUUAUGUGAAGACCGA